AUGAAUAACAUCCCAGCUGGACUACGGUCCGCCGACAUUGGGCGCUUUGCCAUCCGGGCUGCCCAGAUCGAAAAGGCCAAACCGGUGGUUGCCUACUGGUGCAAUUUCCAUAUCGUGAGCCAAAUCAUUGAAAGGGGCCUCCACAAUUCUGAUGAUGAGAUCAUGCAAUACACGACCUGUCUGGUGGACAAAUUGGAGCAGUUCAAAGUCGAGAACCCUGGUGAUGAAACGGUCACGGAUGAGGUCGCGGCGAAUGCCUAUGUCGAACAAUUUGGACUGGAGGUCUUUGGUCGCGCCGAAGCCGCCAUGAACGCCAACAAAGUCACAAAGCAAACGGCAGAUACAUUCCAGGCAGCAGCUACUUUCCUCGAACUGUGCUCAAUUUGGGGUGCCGACCCAGAGAUAGCUGGGCGCAUCAAAUUCGCCAAAUUCCACGCCCUUCGCAUAGUUAAGGCCUUCAAAGCUGGCGAAGACCCCAAUGAGACGAACCCUGCACCAAAGGAAGAAGAGCAAGUAAUUGACGACCCCGAAGUGCAGGCAUUCGACGAGUCGGUCGCAGAGCAAGCCUCCCAACCAACCCAACCCUCGAUCGAAGAGAUCCCAGACGAAUCAGAUCGUCUCGGACGAGACCUAGCACGCAAGUCAACACUCGACGAAUCGCUUCACCCAUCGCGCACUUCAUCAGCACCCCGUCCAACCUUCACUGCCGAGCCCGAGAUCCCUUCCGUCCCACGCAACGCACCAGGCUCACCCGCUCAACCAAUGGACACCGACAACUCCGGUUCAGGCCUGGAACUCCCUUCAACCCCAGCAACAAUCGGGGGAUUAUCCUCAGGAGCAGGCCCAAUCCUUCCAGAUGCCCCAACAGCCUUCCAAUCUUUCCCUCCACCAUCCAACAACCCAUCCGUAAACCCGGCCUCUUUCUACGAUCCCGCCACCAACGCCAGCGCACAUCUUACUCCCCCAGCUGCUCCACCAGCUGCACCGGCCCCAGCUGCUUACUCGCCUCCCGCGUCUGCACCCUAUGUUCCCCCUCAGCCAUCCCACGGGAUAGAUGAUAACUCGGUUCAGAUGGCGCAGAAGCAUGCUCGCUGGGCGGUGUCUGCGUUGACAUUUGAUGAUGUUGAUACUGCUAUCAAAGAGCUGAAGAAUUCGCUGAAGUUACUCGGUGCGUCGUGA